AGGGAGGCUGCCGUGGGCGGCCCGCUGGAAGGAAGAGCCCAGGCGACGUUCCAUUCCUAGCCGAGGGAGGCGCUCGGGAACAGCCGGGCCCUGGCAGCAGUGUUCUAGCCCAGAGAGCGUGCAGCAGCGCCCGGCUAGCCAGCAGCUUUAUGCACUAGCCACCGCCGGUGGCAACAGCCAGCCUGCCCCUUCAGCCAAGAGCAGCAGCAGCAGCGACUCACCCACCGCAGCCCUGGCGGCAAGAGAGCUUGGACCGAGCAGGCAGGCCGGAGGAGGUGGCGGCGGCGGCGGCUGGAAUGAACCAGACCCAGGCCCUGGGGAAGCGAUGGAUAGGAAGAGGUGGGAGUGCUCUGCUCUCCCCCAGGGAUGGAAAAGGGAAGAAGUGACCAGGAAAUCGGGGCUCUCCGCUGGCAAGAGCGAUGUCUAUUAUUAUAGCCCAAGCGGGAAGAAAUUUCGGAGCAAGCCACAGCUGGCCCGCUAUUUAGGAAGCUCCAUGGAUCUGAGCAGCUUUGACUUCCGGACAGGGAAGAUGCUCAUGAGCAAGAUGAACAAAAACCGGCAGAGGAUUCGCUAUGACUGCUCCAGCCAAGCCAAGGGCAAACCCGACUUGAACACCGCCCUCCCCGUCAGGCAGACAGCUUCAAUCUUCAAACAGCCAGUCACCAAGAUCACGAACCACCCCAGCAAUAAAGUGAAGACGGACCCUCAAAAAGCAGUUGACCAGCCUCGGCAGCUCUUCUGGGAGAAGAAAUUAAGUGGUCUGAAUGCCUUUGACAUUGCAGAGGAACUGGUGAAAACAAUGGACCUCCCAAAAGGUGUGGGGCCCGGCUGCACUGACGAGACCCUCCUUUCCGCCAUUGCCAGCGCCCUCCACACAAGCACGAUGCCCAUCACGGGGCAGCUCUCUGCUGCUGUCGAGAAGAACCCUGGCGUCUGGCUGAAUACUUCGCAGCCCCUCUGCAAAGCCUUCAUGGUGACGGAUGAAGAUAUCAGGAAACAGGAGGAGCUGGUUCAGCAGGUGCGGAAGAGGCUGGAAGAAGCCCUGAUGGCAGAUAUGCUUGCCCACGUGGAGGAGAUCGCCAGGGAUGGGGAGGCGCCUGCCGAGAAGCUGCGGGGAGAGGAAGAUGGCGAGGACGAUGAGGAAGACGACGUGGAUCGCAGCCAAGAGAUGGAGAACGUAUAGUCGAAACCGUUUCCGGGGAGUUACAGUUGAGAAUUCUGACCUCGUCACUGUCUCCGCAGAGGUGAAAGUGUCUUCAGACUGCAUUAAGCACCAGCUAUGUUUCUCUCUGCGUGGCAGUCGUUGACAUCUGUUCGUGGAACGCCGGUGGUUUGGUAGAUGCUGGAUAAUUUUGAAGAAGGACUUGUAUUAUACUCUUAACUCCUCUCCCAUCCUCUUUUGUUUUUUUCUUUCCUUGAAAGUCUCACAGGCAGCUGGGAAGGAAGAGGGGACUUUGCAGAACGUGUUUAAAACAAACUCCGUUUCCCAGAUCAGCAAUACAAUCUGGGCUGCUCUUUUUUUUUAACACCCCCUGAUUUUUUCUCUGUCUGUCAAUGAUCAUCUGUAACCACUGCAGAUCAUGAGUUCAACAUGUGAGAGCUUUCCGUGAAGUUGUUGUGUUCUGAUGGGAGUUUUUAAAGAGUUGUUUUGGGUUUUCAAAUCCCAGAGGUAAAAUGUGCCUUUCCAUUGAGGGUUGGGGUGGGCUUCGGGAACGCUGUCUUUUCCACGUUUGGUGCCCUUUUUAUAUACUGGAGGAAACCUACUGCAGACCUAGAACUCAUAUGCAGGUGGUUUUUAUAGAAGCACUGGAGGGUAGCUUUUUGCAUCCCUUGGAAACAUACCAGUGGGGCAGAACUUUUGUAAUCCGGAAGUGCAGAUUGAUAGAACCAUUGUAAUGAGAACAGCAGAGGUGAAGGGAAAGAGUACAUUCUUUUUUCUGAGCUUUCCAGUUUCUGUUCUGGGUUCAGUAGGGUAGAUUUGUGUGUUUCCCAUAAUUAAAAAAAAAACUGUUAAGGGAAUGAUAAAUGAUGCACACAUGAGGAUUGAAGUUAACCAAUCCAACAAUGAAAUCAUACAAAUCUUGGUCUCUUUUGGCAUUAGCUGAGGUUUCUUUGUGUCCUGGAGGGAGGGGGAGUUACAUUGAAUACUGAUAUUGUUGGUGUGUAUUUGGCCCCCUUGGAUAUUCCCCCUUACUCAGAUCCACCCCUUUUGAAGAUGUGAUGGAUUGGGGUGGGAGGAGACAAAUCCAGGUGGGGGAAUUUCUGAAUUGCCUGAGGUCUUUGUAAAGCAGUUCACCAACCUUUGGUAUUGAUAUGUAAGAUGGGGGCAGGGGAGAGAGGGAUAGGAAUUCAAGCUGAAAUGUACCUACUUUGGGGGGCGGGGGGGGGGGGGGGGGGGAAAUGCAGCUCUCCUGUAAGAGGAGGAACCUCGCACACAUUCAGUACCCCGAUGAUUCUUGGUAACUAUAAACUGGUGCCUUUCCUGUUGGGGUGAAAUCAUAUGACCAGCUCCCCGAAAGGCAUUUGUCAAAGAAAUUGUUUCUGGUGUAUUUUGAACUCAAGAGCAAAGCCAUUUUUUUGGGUUGAGACUUUGGGGAACAAUAUACAAGUAGGGAGGAGCUUUAACCCUGUUAAUUCUGGGCCAAAUUAUUCAACAGAGCUGUUUCCCAUUAUUGGUUGCUAUUUAGAAUUUUUUUUCCAAGUUUUGUUGGUAGCAGUCCAUCCAGUAAAUCAAAUCUAACCGCCUUCCCCUGUUUAUAUCCCCACAGUUGAUUGCCUGUAUGGAUGCUUGUUUCCUAGAAAAGUCUGGGAAAUCCUCAGAAUAAAAUCGCAAAAAUGUAGUCUUUGUACAUUGUAGAAAGGAGAAGAUCAUGUUGUACUCGCUGUGGGAAAGUACGUGAUUGAUUUGACAUGUACACACUUGGAGAUCUUUUGUGGUUGGGGGGGAGGGCUGUUGGAUUGGUUGUCUUCGUGGUCUCUGGUGAGCCGCAGCAGAUGGAUGUUUCGGUGCAUCAAAAACAAAAGUGGUUUUAACAGGGAGCCCCGUGCAGAUUUCAGAAAGUUCAAGCACCCUUUUUAUGUAUUCCAAAUGCGCACUCCAUCCUCCCGACUGCUUGUGUUGGCAUCUUCAUGUACAGUUCUUGUUGCAGAAUAUUAGUUUUGUAAUAAAAACGUUUUCUUCAUAAGUUUAA